UUUCAUUUGGAAAUCAAGGUCUCAGAGUCUGAAGAGUGGAGAGGCACAGAAUCCAAGAAUGCAAUUACGGAAAUGAUGCCGGACGCAAACUCCCACACACAUCAAGUUAUGUUCCAGCGUGGGAGCUACGGUACUUCCCAUUUUGAAUCCAGUGCAUUCGAAGCGAUGAACACCAAAACUCUCGGGUUUGUUGUCAAUAUGCGGACAGUACUGAUAUUGUUGGCCUCUGCACUUUUUGGUGAGUGUGAAAAUAUCACAGUGAAUUCCGUUGCUGGGAAGGAUGUGCUCUUGCCCUGCAGCUGUCGCCAGAGUAAAGAGAUCUACAUUGUUUGGCAAAUCGGUGAACGUGUUGUGGAUUACAAUGUCAAUGGAGAAAGAAUACCAGAGACAAUAGAUCACCAGUUCCAAGGCAGGACACAUUUGAGGACAGACAGUGGAAACUGCUCCUUGCAACUCAUAAAUGUGACUAAAGAAGAUGAGGAGACAUAUACCUGUUACUACAAGAAUAGAGAACUCAUCAGAGUUCAUGUUAUUCUGAAAGUGGUCGAGUUUUCUGAGUCUGGGGGGUCUGAACAGGACCCACAAUCCAAGACAGCACCUGCUAUCGCCGGGGUGCUUAUCACUGUCCUGCUCUUAACCCUCGUCCUGGCGGUCAGAUAUCGAGAAAAGUGCCGGAGGUCACAGGUAAAUGUGCCUGGCCCUCAAGAGGCUGAACAAAUGGAUCCCUUGUCACCUGAAUACGUGUGAUGCGGGAGUGCUGUCUCUGUAACUGAGUACGGCUCAAGCGCGGUGUGUCCAUGGAGUGGAGGGACCCUGACUGAGCUGUAAUGGCUGAAUGCCUGAGAAGGGUCUCGUUGUGAGAACCAACACGUUGCAUUUACUGCAUUUGUGAGGACCAUGCAAUCAGCAUCCAUGACAUCACGUCCUGUGUGUGUAAUCUGUGCUUGACUUGGCGGAACUCUUGAACUUGGCGGAUCCGUCCAAACACUUCCAACUAUCUGCGCACUAUGAGGAUUUUUGAGGCGCUGGAGUUGGUUCAAGAUUACAUUUUCAGUGAACAAAUGUCCCCUUCAGCAAAUGGUGGAACUGCAAUGGAAAUCAUACAAAUACUUUUCUAAUCUUCAUAUUUACUUAAUAUGCUUUCAAAUGCUGUUUAGUUCAUGAAGUCUUAGAGCUCAAGUUUGGACUGUCCUGUGGUUGAUGUUUAUUUUUUGGGACUGGCUUGUAAGUGAAUUUGUAAACAUGUCCAAGCAUGUUAUUUCGCAACCACCUCUCUGACUAAGAAAGAACUCAUUGGUCAAAUAUUGUCACACUAUUAGCCAUAUUGAACACCUUUCCCUUAACCAGUAUUCAUCAUCCUGUGAGAAAACUAUUAUUGGAAAACACACACAUGGCCAACAGUAAUUAUAUUUUCUUAUAAUUGUCCCCAUGGGACAUUUCGUACCCCUUUUCACCCAGAAAAACUUGGGAAAGGUAGACCAACUUGGUCUGUAUAAAAAUGUGAACAUUUUCAAAUAUAUUGUAUGUUUAUUUUUUUAUUUUUUUAAUGAAUUUCACUGUGAAUAUGUUGGUGUACCUUUAUGGUCCCAUUUAAAUCUUCCAAUGUGUUCCUAUGUCUUUUGUCUUGAAGUAGUUCUCUUUCCAUUUGACAGACAUGUGUACUGAGCAAGUGAGCUCAGUAUGCAUUUGUAUUCACAGUUUUGACGCUGCAAUCCUACGUCAGAGUGGACAGGCGUGUGGCCAGCACAAGCUCCAUCUGUGGGGCUGCAGAUCUUAGGGUGGGAUUAUUCUGUCUAUAACUUAAAAUGGACAGUCUUUUUAAAGAGAUUUUUGGUCUUGUUGAGGGUCAGUCCUUGGGAGCCCGAUGCAAUGCAAAGAUUGUUCUUCUCACGACAGCUAAAGAUUAAGUGGCUCAAACAGUAACGGCCCAUGUCUACAAGGCCGAAAGUAAAAGGCUGAUCUGUGUGAUAUUGCAGGAGAGGAAACGGCUUAAAUGACUGAGUCAAACAGCCUGUAAAAUGUUGGUUGUUUGCAAGACCUCAGAAUUUCCACAAAUCUCUCACACACGGCUAGUUUUCUUUUCCAACCUUUUGCCCACGCUAAAUACAUUAACUGUAAUGCGUACUUGUGUGUGUGUGUGUGUGUGGGCAUGCACGCACAAAUACCAUUGCAGUAUUUCUUUAAGUGAGCUGCACCAAUGCAACUUCAUGUAUUUAACUUGAUCUUCAAUGUGUUGCUUCAGAUGAAAAUGUUGGAAAGAAACGGCAAUAAAAACAUGCUUUUAAGGCAUAGUAUACUUGGAAGGCAUAGUACUGCUGUCGGUUCUACAAAUGGAGAAGAGGCCCCAUGCUCUAAGUAUCUGCCAUGACACGGAAGUAAAUAGGUCAGGUUGUUACUCCUGAUCUAUUUAUGGCUUAAUGGUGAUGACUGUCUGGCCUACUCUAGACUCUUUCCUGGUUCACUCAAGGACAUUGAAUCAGAGGGUGUGGCAAGGUUUUGUGUUGGGGACGUGUCCCGGACAGGCAACGUGCAUGAGUGUGUGUGCCUCCCCACCCUCUGUUUCUCUUUUUAGGGCUGUACUUUUUAUUAUGUUAAGUCAUCGUAUCAUCUGGGCCAGGAACUUGAAAUGUGAUUGGAAUGUGAUUACAAAGUCCAUCUGUGUUCACUGUGACCUGAAAUUGAACAUCGAUGACUGGUUAUUUUGUGCAAGUAAAACAUUUGUAGAUGCCAUUUCGGAUAUGUAUUAUUUUGAUAUUCUUUACACUCCAUUUAUUAAAGAUUAUUAUCAUUAUUAUUAAACUUGAA